AUGCGUCUCAUCUGGGGGUCGAGACAUCAGACAUCAAUCUCUGGUUCCAUCACCGGCGACAACACGAGUUCCGGGGAAGAGAUACGCAUGAUUCUCGCGGGCCAUCUACAACAACUUCUAGAGAUCUUUGUUCCUGGAGAGACCCUACUAUUAGAUCUCAGGUCGCCAUCCGACUUUGCGAAAUCGCACAUCCACGGGGCCGUAAACCUACGUGUGCCCCAGAGCUUCCUCAACAUUGCAGAUUUCCACAUGCUCGAACGAGCGUUUGCAGACGAGCAAAGCCGGAGAGCGUUCUCGAGAUGGCACAAGUCUAAAUGCAUUGUCUUCUACGAUAGAGUCAUUGAGUUCCCUUGGGAGUGCCCAACAGCUGAGACACUGCUGGAGAAGUUCAAGCGUGAGGGUUGGCGAGGACAAUGCUUUAAUCUUAAAGGACACUAUCGGGAAUUUGCCGUCUCCUUCGACAAAUACAUUGCCGGGGACAGGAUGACGCAAGAGUCCAAAGACUUUGCUGACAGCAUCCGACAGCGCUCGCCGCCGACCCAAGAGGAAGCGAGGCAGAGCCAGAAGUCAUACGAAGAGUGGCUAUCGCGUCUCGGCGCGGAGGAUCGUGUGCCUGGGGCCGACCUUGACGCAGAGACUUUUGAAAAGAGAAUGGCAGCGGUCACGGAACACCAGCAGGAGCUGGAAGCGGAGUUCAUGAACAGAUUCCCCGAGCUUUAUAAAAAGGCCCGGGACCUGCAGCCGGCUGCUCCUGAUAAGGCCAGCUCAGACAAUACAAAGGGCAAGGGCCACGACAACUUUGAUAGGAAAGUCCCUUUCGUAGAGCCGCUUGCGAGAGGUAUCGAGAAGAUGCAAGACGCAUCUGGCUCCCGGACAGGCUACUCCUUUCCGGGCGAGGAGGGUGUAGACAAGCUCGGGGAGCGUCCGUCGCAGGACUUCGACAAGAUUGAUCCCAAGCCAUCACAAAACGACACUGCCUUCCAAGGAACUGACAGCAAGCUAUCAGAGGAAUACGGAGCGGGCAGUGGAGACCAGAAGAAGUCAAGUCGAGACAGGACAUUCUGGAAGCGGCUUCGAAGUUCCGGUAAUUCCAGCCAGUGA